AUGGAGUCAGUUGCCGCGGAAGAAGCGGCGUCUAAGCCGCUCCACGCGGUGGUAUGCGGGGGAGGCGUUAUCGGCGCGUGCACUGCGUUUUACCUAGCGGAGAAGGGGGUCAAAGUAACGGUCGUCGAGAAGUGCCACGUGGCAUGCGCUGCUUCUGGAAAGGCGGGUGGGUUCCUUGCAUUGGAUUGGUGCUCCGGCCCUACUGGGAAGCUCGCACAGCUGAGCUAUCGUCUUCACGAGCAGCUAGCACAGCAGUUCGGUGACUGUUACGGUUACCGCAAGGUGCACACGCUCAGCCUCCAGGUCGCCGAGCCCAAAAAAUCGUCUGGCGGGCAGCGAACAAAGAACUCCACGCUGCCUGGAUGGAUAGACGGGCCAGUGCGGGGAGUCCAAACGAUGGGAUCGCCAGUCACAACUGCCCAGGUUCACCCACAACUGUUCACAGAGACUCUACUUAGAGUGGCUGGGGAGAGGCAUGGGGUGGAGGUACAACUGGGGGAGGUUCAAGAGGUUGCUGUGGCGCCAGUGGGGGAUGCUGCUGCUUCCUCUAAAGUCACUGGUGUGAUUGUAGAUGGUGCUACAGUGCCAGCUGAUAUUGUGCUGUUUGCACUGGGUCCUUGGUCCGGCAAGAAUCGUCUCAUAGCACGGCUGGGCCAGAUUACAGGGCUGAAGGCGAACAGUGUCGUGGUCCGGCCGAACCAGAAUCCCGAUGCUGUGACCAACCAUAUGCUCUUCCUGCAGUACAGGACAAAGGACGGGCGGCAUGCAGACCCAGAAAUUUACCCCCGGCCAUCGGGGGAAGUUUACCUCUGUUCCGUCACAGAAGGGGAUAAUUACCUUCCGGAUAAUCCUGAGGAAAUCACCACCACCCCAGGCGUCCCAGAGUUCUUAAAACGAGUUGGAGCCACAGUGUCGUCGGCACUAUCAGAUGUGACUAUAGUGAAGGAGCAGGCGUGUUUCCUGCCAUGCUCCCAGGAUAAUGUGCCUGUAAUAGGCGCUGUGCCAGGGAUGCAAGGGGCGUACGUAGCAACGGGGCACAGCUGCUGGGGCAUUCUGAACGCCCCUGCUACAGGCCUGGCUGUAGCAGAGCUGGCUGUGGAUGGCAGGGCUAGCUGUGUGGACCUUAGACCCUUUGACCCUGCUAGGUUCUUGUAA